AUGGUGUACAAAUUAUCUCCUGCUCCUGUAUCACCACCACUUCCUUGUAGCAACAAUAGCAUGAUGACGCGCCGAGGUGGGAGCAGUAAACGCUAUGGACCAGUCGUGGAGCUUCAAGACUUGCGCAAUUGUUUUAACAUGCCCAUUGCUGCUGUUGCAGAUAAAUUUGGUAUCUGUGUUACGUUACUUAAGAAGAUCUGUCGACGCCAUGGUAUUCAACGGUGGCCCCAUCGUCAGAUUCGUAGCUUACAAAAGAGUAUCAAUAUGUUACGCGAAUCUUUUCAUCUGGCGAAAGGUACAAACCGAGAGUAUAUUGCCAAGAAAAUCACGGCUUUUGAGUACACGCUUGAAUGUAUUAUGCAAGACCCUAAUACGGCAGCCAAAGGUAUUUCAACAGGCCGCUUGGCCUCGCCAGCUACGGAAGAGAUGAUCAAGCGUGGUAAUCGAACCAAGAGCUUCAAACCCAAGACACGAACAGCAUUAUCAGACGAUGAAGAAGGCGUGACAGGCUCUACAACUGUUUCAUCAAUAUUGUCGACGCCAAGACAGCAGGAUUGGACGACCGGUGUGCGACGUCUCAACACACGUCGAGCCAGUUUACCCAUGUCGCUUCAGUCGAUUUUGUGCUGA